AUGGGCAUUCCUCAAGCUGCUUCCCUCCAAGACAUCUACCAGAAUGGAACGUGGCGAGUUAGACCUGCAAGAUCCGAUAAGCAGGUUACGGUUCAAGCAUUACUUUCAUCUCUCACUUUGACGACAGAGCCGGAUUCUAUAUUUUGGAGUGUAGACAAUACAGUUUGGGAAAAAUAUAGCACUGGUGGAAUUUACAGAUUACUCAAGAAUCAUGGCAACAAAGUACCUUGGAACCACAUCAUUUGGAGUAAAGGCGGAAUUCCAAAGCACAACUUCAUGGCGUGGCUAGCUACUCUCAAUCGCCUCCCAACUAAAGAUCGGCUCCUACAAUGGGGUCUGAAUGUGGACCCAAAUUGCCUGCUUUGCUCCACUACAGCUGAAUCGCGUGAUCACCUCAUCCUCGAAUGCUCUUACUCUGCCUCUCUCUGGCGUAGAUUCUCCAUGCGCCUUGGUCUAACUAUGCCGUUGUCUUGGGGUUUGAUGAUCUCGGCGUUACUAUCACUCACGGGGCCAGUGUGGUAUAAGAGAUUAUGUUGCUUGGUUUGGAAGCUUGCGAUCUACUCUCUCUGGGUUGAGAGGAAUUCGAGACUCCAUCGUCAAAACUACCGUUCGGUAGACUCCUUAGCUGCGACAAUGGAUCGAACUAUUAGGAACAGAAUCAAUAGCCUUCGUGAUGCAAAUCCUGUUGCAGCUUCUACCAUGUAUCAAUUCUGGAUUCAAUCCUCCACCUAG